AUGUGUCAUGUCUCAACGCUCAUAGAUGGUGUAAUCAGUAUAAGUUGUAUAAUAUUAAUAUUAUUUUGAUUUGUUUAGAUAGGCCUGAGAAUGCGGGACUCACAACAAUUUAUCCACGUUUCGAUAAGAGAUAAUGAUCUGCUACACACAAUAUAAUAGUUUGACGGGUUUGAGUAUUUUAUUAUUCAAUGGUCAUUCGCAUCAUGAACUCAAAAAUACAAUAAUUAUAUAUGAAUAAAUAUAUUUUUCGUGUUUAAUAGUGAAUGAAUGAUCCAUUUAUUAGACUUACGAUUAAUUUUACUUAGUUAAAAAAUAAAAAUAUAUGUACAUUUCAAUACAGUGAGUGACCAUUUUUUUAAGAUAUAUAAAGCGACUUUAAAAAAGAAGGAGGUUCCACAAUUGGUCGUAUUUUGAUUGUGUGGUGCUGUUCAAAAUGAUUAAAAUACCGCUAUAUAUGAGAAAGCAAGUGUUUGUAGCAUCAUGUGCAUACCUUGGGCAGAUACUAUGCGGGUACGUCGGAGGGUGGCCAGCAAACGCGAUUGUGAAGCUCCAAGAUCCUGAACAGACACCUCUACCUGAGGUUCUUGAUGACUCUCAAGCAUUCUUAAUUGGACCGUUAACUUACCUUGGUCUUGUAGGACCAUAUGUUGCUGGAUAUCUAUCAAACGUUAAAGGCAGGAUACCUUGCCUGUUGCUUGGUGGUGCGCUGGGCACCAUCGGUUUUUUCCUGAAGGCAGUGGCUAGCCAUGUGGCCAUAGUAUAUGUUGGAAGGGUCAUGGCUGGACUUAGCUCUGGAAUAAUAUUUGUCAUUAAUUUGGUUUAUGUAGCUGAGAUACCAUCAACAAACAUAAGAGGCAUAUUGCUCGCUGGUACAGGCGUGUCCAACUCCCUGGGCAUGUUAAUUGGCUACCUAGUUGGGGGAUUUGCGCCUUACGCGGUGACUGGUUGGGUGGGAGUCGGUAUAAGUGCCUCAUUCUGUGCCGCGACGUUCAUUAUGCCAGAAUCACCGUAUUUCUACCUUUUGAGAGAUGAAGGCGAUAAAGCCAAGGAAAUUCUAAUCAGUUUGGGAAGAGAAGAUGACGUAAAAGACAUUUUGUCUACAAAGUUAGAUGAACCCGUGGGAGUCCUGGAAGCUUGGACCGAAAUUUUCAGCGUAAAGAGUAACAGAAAAACUAUAACGAUCACAAUGACUCUAAUGGUACUACAGCAAAUGAGUGGUGUGAUGGUGGUGUUGCUGUACGCCACGUCUAUCUUCGACCUGGUCAAUUCCUCAUUAGAAUCUCAUAUUUCUGCAAUUAUCAUAGCAGUUACCCAGCUUUGUGCCAGUUGUAUUACUCCGAUAUUUAUUGAGAGAUCUGGCAGAAGAAUACUUCUGUUGCUCACGACUGCUACAUGCUGCAUAAGUUUGAUACUGCUUGGUCUUUACUUCUACCUCGUGCAUAUUGACCACCCAUCUACAGAAUCCAUACAAUGGCUGCCGUUGGUGACACUCAUCGCUUUCAUCAUGUCUUAUAACUUUGGGUUCGGUAUUAUUCCUGGAACUUUCAACGGAGAGAUGUUUGAUACGAAAGUGAGAGGACCCGGGGCAGUUCUCAGUACCACUGUAAGUUGGAUGUUUGGAUUGGUCGUCGCCUUCACCUACAACAUCAUGGUUGACAAUUGGGGCAGUUAUACAACAUUUUGGAUUUACGCUGUUAUGUGCGCAAUAGCUUUCUUCUUCACAGUUAUAUUUGUGCCGGAAACUAAAGGCAAAAGUUUAGAAGAGAUAAAAGAAAUGUUGAGUAGAUAGUUUUAAGUUAAUAUUUAUUUAAUAGGAUAAAAAAGAGAUAUUACAAACAUGAAAAUGUAAAUCAAAACAGCAUAAUAUUGUACUAACAAUAGGAACCCUCAAUCAGCACUUUAUUGCACAACGGUCUAACCAAUACUGCAGCACUGAUUUUCGAUGAAGGACCGAGUGGACAUACGAAUACCAGGUCGUUAUGCACAUCAAUAAUUACUAUACAAAAAGGGCUAAGAUCCUGAAUGCAAUAUAAAAUGGUGGAAUAAUCCGAAGAUAGCAUUCGUUUUAAAUAAAAUAAAUAGUUUUUGUAAUUUUUUUAUUUAUAAUGUUUAUAGGGGUAAAAGGAAGAUAAAAAUGCCAUUUAUUACACAAAUGUGUAUGAUAAUCAAUAUUGAAAGUGACAUUAUUGUAUAAUAUUGUUGUUUUGCAUAACUUCUCUCUAUAUAAAUAUACAAUUAGGUAUUAUAUUAAAAAUAGGUCAAUACAUUCCAAGUUGUAUAUGGAGUUAAGUUGAACGCAUAGGGUUCUACGCGAAUGUGAAAUUUAUUUUAAAGAAACAUAAAUGUUGUUUUUUAUUGUAUUUACAUAAUUUGUUAUUGAAACAGACUACCUUGUUAAUUGUUAAAUAUUAAGGUAAUCUUUAAUUUUGCAAAAAAAACUUAGAUAAAAACAUUAUUACAUGUAAUUGGUGUGAUAUAUCGUGCUUUCAAAUGAAAUAUUCUCAAAUAAAAGAAAUUUCUUCCUAGUA